AUGUCCGCCUCUCCUGAGCACCAAGCAGCGGUGUUCGCUGCAUCUCCCGAUCUCGAAGUUCCCGACAAAGUCGCUUCCCCGAUUGCCGGUGACGACGAGGUGGAUGCCAAACCCGCGGAACCUGCUGCUGAAUUUGAGGACAAUGCAGAUGAUGCUGCCGAGCAAGGCGGAAACGACGAAGAUGAUGACGAUAAUCAUUCAGAUGACGAGUCGAUUCUGUCCGAGGUCGACGAGGCACAAUUCGAGAACUUCGACCCGGAGAACGUAGACGUUGAAGACCGCCCACAGCUUGCCAUCGACGAAGAUAACCUGAAGCUAAUCGGCCGCCACAAGCGCAAGCGCGCCGAGGGCGAAGAGAGUCGGCCGCGCCGAAAGGAGGGUCGUCGGGAGAAGAAGAGCCGUCGUGCCGCGGAAGACGAUGGAGAGGAGGGUGGCUCGUCCCGUCGACGUGAGCGCAAGAAGCGCGAAGACCAGCCUGACACUGAUGAGGAGACUCUUGAUCCGGAGACCCGACGUCGCCGAGCCCUCGAUCGUGCUAUGGACCAGGCCAUGAAGAAGCCCGCCAAGAGACGAUUCCGCAAGCAAGAUGGCAUUGAUCUGGAAUCUAUGGCCGAUGCCGAAAUCGAGGAUAUGCGCAAGCGCAUGACACACGCCGCGCAGAUGGAUGCGAUCAGUCGCCAAGAAGGAAAGCCCGCCAUGCACAAGCUUAAGCUCCUUCCCGAAGUUACUAUGCUCCUCAACCGCAACCAAUAUAUCAAUGCCUUGGUUGACCCCGAAAUCAACCUGUUGGAAGCCGUGCGCUUCUUCCUUGAACCCUUGGACGAUGGAGCCAUGCCUGCCUAUAAUAUCCAGCGCGACCUCUUGACCUGCCUCACCAAGCUACCCAUCAAUAAAGAUGCCCUUAUCGCCAGUGGAAUCGGAAAGGUGAUCGUCUUUUACACCAAGAGCAAGCGCACCGAGCGCCGCAUCAAGGAAGUCGCAGAGAAGUUGCUGGCAGAAUGGACUCGGCCUAUCCUGCAGCGCAGUGAUGAUUACUCGAAGCGUGUCUUCCAGCAGGCCGAUUAUGAUCCUACAAAGGUUGUCAAGCGCACAGCUCCCACCGCCGAGAUGGUCGCAGCCGAAGCCCGCGCCCGUGAGAUGCUUCCUCCCCGUCUUGCCAACCGUGCUCGUGUCGACCGCACCCAAGUCAGCUACACCGUGGUGCCGCGCCAGACCGCUGUACGAGAGAGUCAGUUUGCGCGCCCCCUUGGUGCCAGUGGCGAGGACCGUUUCCGUAAGAUGCAAGCCCGACAGGUGGCCGCUAAGAAAGCCUCUCGUCGGUAA